UGCCACAGGUGAUAAUGAUGCCAAUAAUUGCACACUAGGAACAACAAGUGACUUUUCAGAGUCAUCAGCAAUUGUACUCUUAAAAUAGUUUACCUGGAAGAAACUACUAAAUAACAUUUAGGACUACUCUGCUUCUACGGUUUAUUUUUUCACCUGUAAAAAGAGUGACGGAAAGAUGAAGAUUUCAGAAAGGCCCAGUGACACGGUCCGUCUCUCUGUAUUGGAACAUCUCCGUGUGGUUCACGGGAUAAAGCUGAAGAGCUGUGGAAGGAAGAAAGAGAGAAGGUUUACAGGUGGUACCAAAGUGUUCGGCGUUCCACUGGAGAGUUUGCCGUUGUGUUACAUGCCUCCGUGUGGGCUGCUACCCUGCUUUCUAGUGGAUGCCUGUGAGCAUCUACUGGAACAUGCUGGGACUGAUGGCCUUUUCAGAAAAUCUGGCUCUGUUGUUCGUCUGAGGACCCUUAGGGCCAAACUAGACCAUGGGGAGGCCUGUCUAUCCACAGCCCUCCCCUGUGACGUGGCCAGCCUUUUGAAGCUGUUCUGUCGUGAGCUUCCAGACCCCCUGUUCCCCUCAGACCUCCAUUCAGCCCUGCUGAAGGCCCAGCUAUUACCCACGUUGGAGGAGAGGGCCUUGGCCACCCAGCUGCUGUCCUGCCUACUGCCUGACAGGAACUUUGCCUUCCUCAGUUACUUCUUCCACUUCCUCUCAAAGGUCUCCCACAGGUGUGCAGAGAACCGGAUGACCAAUAGUAACCUGGCUGUGAUCUUUGCCCCGAGCCUGCUUCCCCCCAGCCACGGAACAGAGGGGAUGGACACGCAUAUGAAACUCAAGGCUGUGGUCUAUACCUUCAUAGAGAAUGUCCAUUCAUUUGGUGUGGUUCCUCGGGUGAUCAUGGAGGGCAUCCCAGGUCAUGCUGAGAUGUCUCCCUGCAGGAAGAGACGGCCACUCAGAAAGAGCCUGGGUUUGGAGACCUUCCCAGACAUUCAGCUUUUCAGGAGCAAAACAUUUUGCUCAGAGAAACCAGGCUCAAGUCCUUCAGCUCGGUUGGCUAGAUCUCCCUCCACCCCAGUGAGGACAGAGAGCUGUAGACUACAGAGCAAAACACUCAAAAGAAUAGAUUCGGGAAACGUUGGGUGUUUUUCAGCCAAAAGGCUGAAGGGAGGUGAUGGUAUCCGCAGGUAUCGUGGUCGGUCUGGUCUGGGAAAGCUGAACCUAAGCCCCUGGAAGAGCAGGCGACGCACCACUCUAUACAUUACAGGCUCCUGCUCCUCGCAUCCAGGAUACACGCUGACACCAGAGAUGGCUUCGGCAGUCAGGUUGAGUAGAUCAGUGCUUCUGAUUGUUCUGGUGUGUAUAGCGGGGCUGGCAUCGGCCCGGAGCCCCCGCACAGCGGACCAGGUAUCUGAGGCCGACAUUCAGCGUCUCCUACACGGAGUCAUGGAGCAGCUGGGCAUCGCUCGGCCCAGGGUCGAGUACCCUGCUCACCAGGCCACCAACAUCGUGGGGCCACAGAGCAUCCAAGGUGGAGCUCAUGAGGGACUGCAGCACCUGGGGCCCUAUGGAAACAUCCCCAACAUCGUAGCUGAGCUGACAGGGGACAACAUCCCUAAAGACUUCAGUGAGGACCAUGGAUACCCCGACCCUCCUAACCCAUGUCCAGUGGGAAAGACAGCUGCAGAUGGGUGUCUGGAAAACGCCCCGGACACAGCAGAGUUCAGCAGAGAGUUCCAGAAACAUCAGCACCUGUUCGACCCCGAGCAUGACUACCCUGCUCUGGCUAAGUGGAACAAGGAGCUGUUGUACCAGAAACUGAAGGGAGGAGCCAAAAGAAGAAAAAGGAGUGUCAAUAACCCCUACCUGAUGGGUCAGAGGCUGAACAAUGUGGUGGCCAAGAAGUCUGUUCCCCACUACCCAGAAGAGGACGAAGACUAUCACACCACCACUGCAACAAAAACCAGCACCUAAAACACACUGUAGUUUUAACAUUACUGGCCGCCAUGUUCACUUCACAUUAUCUCAAGUAGAUUUAAGCAAUAAGGUCCGAGGGGGUGUGAUAUAUGGCCAAUAUACCACGGCUAAGGGCUGUUCUUUCGCACGACACAACGUGGAGUGCCUAGAUACAGCCCUUAGCCGUGGUAUAUUGGCCAUAUACCACAAAUCCCCCGACGUGCCUUAUUGCUAUUAUAAACUGGUUACCAACAUAAUUGGAGCAGUAAAAAUACCCGUGUUAUACGGUCUGAUAUACCACGGCGUCAGCCAAUCAGCAUUCAGGGCUCCAACCACCUAGUUUAUAAUAAAACGUCACAUCAGACAAGUAUGUUCUCUAAAUGUGUUCCUUUUUCACCAUCACACAUCUUUGUUGACCUACGUAGCCUACUAACAAUGUUAGGUAUAGUAACACAGAGGUUUAUUGAUAUGUACCAAUUGUGUAAAAAAAUAAGAUAUUACCAUCUGUUAUCUUUUUUUCAAUCUAUCAAAAUGACUGUUGCUCAGGGUGGAAAAUGUAACAAGCUUAUGAGUUAUUUUGUGCCUGUGGUCCACUGUGGCAUGCAAUUCAGUAAUAUUAGAACAGCCUAUGAAGCUGAAUGUUGUCUCAAUUAUAUAUUUGAUCAAACCAAAAAUAUGCUGUUUGUGAUACAAAAUAUUUAAUCAAGUUGUUGUGAUUUAGCUUUUUUAAAUGUAUUUUGGCUCAAGCCAUUAUCUAACUCUCUUGCUGUUUUUUUGAUGAACAUUUGCUGUUAAUUCUUAAUAAUAUAAAAUAAAUGAUUUACUCUGCAAGUU